UCGUGAUAGUUCGUUAGCACGUCUCACAGCAUCAUCGUUGACGUGGGAUCGGUGCAUAUCACUUGUGGAGCAAGGGGACACCAUGGAGGUGCUGAUCGACUGUUAUUUCGACAAACUGUUCGCUGAGAUGGAACGUAGCUGUCUGGCCUCUAGAUACAAACGUCGCGAGAUGGUCGGUUACUUUUCAGAUGUGAUAAAUAGCUGCUCUGAAGCGGAGAACCUAGACAAGCAAGACGUCUGCGAGAGGAUAGUGAUGUCAGCCCUGCGCUAUCACAACAUCGCCAUGAUGGAGAACGGAUACGUGUGUCUACUUGGCAAGUUCCACAACGUCCUGUACGUAGCAGCUAAACUAUGCUUCGACUGGAACCUGGAUAACAACGAGAUCGUUUCGCGACUACUGAACGACAUCUUUUACUGCGAAAAGACGUUCGAGCGAAUCUUGGUGGGCGCCAUAUUCGGCACCAGGGUGACUCACUUCUUGUCCGGCUGGAAGAGUGACUUCGAGGAUCGCGAGGAGAACCUCAAAGCUCUGGUAUACUUCCUGCACCACGCCACGCUGGGAAAACUCGAGUAUCGGUGCGCGUCCUUGCCAGACAAGAGACGAUUCAUCGAUGUCCCCAUGGAGUCCUAUGGCCAGGCUUUACCCUUGAGAGUAGCCAUUCAACAUGGCUCCCCGGAUAUUCUCUUGAUCAUGCUCCGUUACGGAGCCUCGGUCGAGUCUGACAAGCUGGCUCCCUCUCCGCUUGAGAUGCUCCUGAACAAGCUUAGUGAGUACGACGCUCAACCUGGUCAGGACCACAUAGUCUACCCGGAGCAUUUGCUACUCUGUCUGAAACUGGUAUUGAGAACCGUGACCACGGCUUUCGUGAAGACACCGGAUCACAUAGCUGACCAGAGCGGGGUCUUCAGCGUCUCUGUCUAUGAGCAGUACCCUGUUUUGGUAGGACAGAAGCUGGUACCCCCAGAAAGGAGUGGCAUGAGCCCACCCGAAUUGAGACAUCUCUGUCGUUGUCGCAUCAGAGAGACAUUGUUCGAGAACUGGGCGUUGCCACAUGGGAUACAACAACUUCAAAUCCCUGAGUCGUUGAGGAGCUACCUAGACCUCCUUUGUGACUAAGAGUGGCGUGUGGAGACUUAACUAAUUUUUGUACUAUUCUUUGGUUUUGUCACAGAGCUUUUGUAAUACUGGAAGUUUGUAGUAUGGGGUUAAGAUAUGUCUAUGAGCUUUAUGCAGAUACUGGACUGUACCACUGGGGCCUUAUAACAUA